AUGGAGAAAUGGUUUCCCUUUCUAAAGGAGGAGGAAACUCAAAUCUUCUCCCCUCGAGUUGAGGGUAUACUUACCAAGAUUAGAGAUAUUCGCAAGCUUUGGCCCGGAGAGAAGAUUGUUGUGGUUUCUGAGUUUGUCCUUUUCUUGGACAUCACUAAGGAAGCAAUUGAACGGCGCAGCAAGACAGAUCCCAAUCUCGGGAUCCGUCUUGCUGAGUACAAUGGCACUAUCAAUCUGGAGGAACGCUCUCGGGUUCAGUACACGUUCAACCUACCAACUGGUGGACCAGAAGUUCUUCUGCUUACUGCAGGAGCUGGUGGGGUGGGCCUCAACCUUGCCAGGGCCACACACAUCAACACUGAGCCUUUCUGGACACUUUGGAAACUGAACCAGGUCAUCAGGCGAGCCCGUUGGCUCCCCCAGGACAAGACAGUCCAUAUAUGGCAUAUGAGAGCCCACCCGUCCGAGAUCGACCUGUUCGUCCUGAAUCGAUAG